GAUGCGUAAUGGAGGGCGAUGACAGUUUUGAAGGCUUAUCGGAUUUAAGCAGUUCUCUCGAUCUCGUUUGCGAGAUCACUGAAUCUGACUCCGAUGAUUCUGAAGUAUCUGGUUCUAUUAAACCUUACCGAUACGAGCCUGAAUCGAACGAGCAGACGGAAGAAAGUGUAAUGUCCCCCGAAGCAACACUAACUGUGGACAGACGUCAGAAUACCAAUUGGUGUCAGUGCGGUCUAUGCGAGUGCAUGGCUGCAGCGCAGGAAAGUGUUUGCUGUCGAGAGCAGGAACAGGUUUCCCAGAAGAUGCCCGACACUGCCAACUGCAUCACAGAACAUAAAAACUUCGACCCAGUUUGUCUCAAUGAAGAUGUGUUGGAAGUGGCCUACUCGACAUACCAACAGCAUUCCAACUUAAAUGAUGGGAAUAACUGGAAAAGAUACACAGCAUACAGACAGUUUAUUCGGUGGUGCUAUGGUUAUCUAGGAAUGAAAGUCAGAGUUCCAAUUCCUGCCUGUGUUGUAAACAAAAUCCGCCACUCUUUUCCGUUACAGGAAGGGCAAGAGUAUGUUAGCUUCAGAUUUGCUGACUAAAAUCUUGCAGUUGUGUGUUUUUUUUGUAAACACAAUGAUUUUUAUUUAAACAAACAAAAUAAAACUUAUAAAAACUUGCCAGAUCAUAUUUAUAAUCGCCUGAAACAUAGUGUUCAAUAGAGAGAGUUUGACAUGAAACGUGACACAUGAUUUUUAAUAGCACUAUCUCGGUCUGGCUUUUCACAUGAAGAGCUUAGAGGCAGCCUUGUCGUUUCAUCGGUCAGUGUCUCUUCAACUUCAAGAUUGUUAUCUCUCUGGCAAAUAGACUUAACGAUCUGCAACAAAUCGCCAACAUAUUCUGCAGGAAAACGUUCAAUUAAUGCCCUAAACUAGAACUAUAGAUGAAAUAAGCAGUAUGUUUGUAUAAUUCCAAUAAAGUUCCUACCAUAGGUUGCUUCCUGUAUGACUUUUCUGACGAUGUAACCACCCUUCUUAUACUUGGGAUAGUGAAUCCCAUAUACUGGUACACCAUCCUUUGUGACAGACUGUGCCCGGUGAGCAUUCUCAUUAAAGU